AAAAUGCCUCCUUUGCUGGAAGUAGCGCCCAGGUCGACAGAUUUUCAUCCAUAUACACAAACCCGCGACUUCUCUGAACAAAGGACGCAUCCAGCAGAUGUUUUUUCUGUACUACUCAUCCUUGGUGAUAUUGUGGGACGAACACUUGGACAGGCUGCCGGCGGGUGGUUUGGACCGCCAUCCGUUUCUUUUGGUGAGUUGGAUCUCGGAUGUUUGGUGUUUCAGGGGGUACAAGAGGGACUAGAAGAAAUAACAUACAUGCUUGCUAAUGGGAAUAACUCUAAGGGUGGGUUGAUUACCCAAUCAAUGCAUUGUAUUGCUAUCAACGGAAAGACGGGAUAUGUCAGGGUCAAUUCCAGCUGGGUCUCAGGAAGGAUGGUCAGAGAUUAUGACAGCUGGAUGCAUGAUAAUAUAAAAGAUACAGCGAAGAAAUUGAUCGAUGAGAAGUGA